ACAAUCUCCAGGAUUCAUCUGUGUGUCUAUGAGGAGUAAUAUUUCCAUGGGUAAUCCCCCUGAUCUCAGUGAUGGACAAUCUCCAGGAUUCAGCUGUGUGUCUAUGAGGAGUAAUAUUUCCAUGGGUAAUCCCCCUGAUCUCAGUGAUGGACCUGCUGUGACAAAUUACCCUGCUGGUGGGAGAGCUGACCAGAUCAGAGAUCCAGUGUCCUGUCAGAAACACAUCAGUCAUCAUGACACAGAAGCAGCCCUGCAGCUUGAUUCUCACCAGCCAGUGCAUGAUGAUCUGCAGAGAGUCAAAGACCAGCACAAAACCAGCAUGAAGAACAGAUAUGAGAGCUUAUUUGAGGGAAUCAAACUACAAGAGAAUCAGACUCUCCUGAACAGGAUUUACACACAGAUGUACAUCAUAGAGGGAGAGAGUGAAGGAGUGAAUGAAGAACAUGAGGUGCGACAGAUGGAGAAAGGUUACAAGACCCUCCAAGACACUCCAAUCCACUGCAAUGACAUCUUUGAUCCUUCACCUGAACCAGGAUAUGAGGAGAAGAGAAGAGAGAAGAAAGACAAAAUCAAGACUGUUCUUACUAAAGGCAUCGCUGGAAUCGGGAAAACCGUCUCUGUGCAGAAGUUCAUUCUGGACUGGGCCGAGGGAAAAGCCAAUCAGGAUGUAGAUUUCAUGUUUGUGCUUCCAUUUAGAGAGCUGAACUUGAUUAAAGAUCAUCAGUACAGUCUUCACAGACUUCUGCUGGACUUUCAUCCUGAACUUCGAGAUCUGGACUCAGAGAUGUAUGAUGAAUGUACAGUUGUGUUCAUCUUUGAUGGUCUGGAUGAAAGCAGAUUGACACUGAUGUUUUCAGACAGUGAGAAAGUUUCAGAUGUGACUGUGUCUUCAUCUGUGGGUGUGUUGAUGUCAAACCUCAUGAAAGGAGAUCUGCUUCCCUCAGCUCUCAUCUGGAUCACCACCAGACCAGCAGCAGCCAAUCAGAUCCCCUCCAAAUACAUCAACCGUGUGACAGAAAUUCAGGGAUUCAAUGAGCCUCAGAAGGAGGAAUAUUUCAGGAAGAGAAUCAGUGAUGAGGAUCAAGCCAGCAGAAUCAUCUCUCACAUCAGAAGAGCAAGAAGCCUCCACAUCAUGUGUCACAUACCCGUCUUCUGCUGGAUCUCAGCCACUGUGCUUCAAAACAUCCUGAAACAAGAUCUCAGUGCAGAAAUCCCUCAAACUCUGACUGAAAUGUACAUACACUUCCUCCUCAUUCAAACUCAUAUGAGGAACCAGAAGUAUGAAGAGAGAGAUCCAGAGAAACUCCUGCAGUCCAACAGAGACGUGAUUGUGAAACUUGCUGAACUGGCUUUCAAUCAGCUGAUGAAGGGCAAUGUGAUGUUCUAUGAGGAGGACCUGAUUGAGAGCGGCAUUGACGUCACUGACGCCUCAGUGUAUUCUGGGAUUUGCACUGAGAUCUUUAGGGAGGAAUCUGUGAUUCAUCACAGGAAGGUCUACAGCUUUGUACAUCUCAGCUUUCAGGAGUUUUUUGCAGCACUGUAUGUGUUUUUCUGUUAUUUACACAAGAACAGUCUGUUAAUGUUCCUGUCAGGACAUGUUUCUCUGGAUGUGUUUCUGAAGGGAGCAGUGAAUAAAGCCUUGAGAAGUAAAAAUGGACACCUGGAUCUUUUCCUUCGAUUCCUUCAUGGCAUCUCACUGGAGUCCAAUCAGAGACUCUUACAGGAUGUGCUGAUUCACACAGAGAACAACCCAGAGAGCAUCAAGAAAAUAAUCCAAAACCUUAAAAAUACACUGAACACAGAAGACAAUGUCAGUCCUGAAAGAUGGAUGAAUUUGACACAAUGCUUGAUUGAGAUGAAGGAUAGUUCUCUUGUUGAAGAAAUGCAGACAUUUUUACAAUCUGAAACAAAUAACAAAAACCUUACUCUUGCACAAUGUUCAACUUUGGCAAACAUGAUCCUGAUGUCAGAGGAGGUGAUGGAUGAGUUUGACCUUAAAAAGUUUAACAUCAGACCAUCAAAGGACAGUCUAAGGAGACUGUUACCUGCUCUGAGGAACUGCAGAAAAGCUCUAUUAGCAAACUGUAAUCUCAGUGAUCAGCAGUGUGAAGUUGUGGCUUCAGUUCUACAAUCAUCAAACUCCUCCCUGAGAGAGCUGGACCUGAGUAACAAUGACCUGCAGGAUUCAGGAGUGAAGCUGCUCUCUGCUGGACUGAAGAGUCCAAACUGUCAACUCAACAAAUUGAGAUUAUCUCAGUGUUUGGUGACAGAGGAAGGUUGUGCUGCUCUGGCAUCAGCUCUGAAUUCAAACCCUUCACAUCUGAGAGAACUGGAUCUGAGCUACAAUCACCCAGGAGAAUCAGGAGUGAAGCUGCUCUCUGAUAUAAUGAAGCAUCCAGACUGCACACUGGACAAACUCAAGUAAGUGGAUCAGUAAGAAUCAUCCUGUCUGGUGUGUAUGUGAG